UGACAGUUUUAACCGAUUUUUUUCACGCUUUAAUCAGUUUUGCUCUUGUUUUUACUUAUAAUAUUCAGUUUAAUUCUUCGUUUUUGUGUUAAUUUGGAAAAUAUUUCAUCGCCAUGGGAAAUCAAAAUAAUUCCUAUUGAAAAAUUGAAUGUUUUUCGUUUCAAUUUUCGUUAAACGAUGUUUUAUCUCAAUCAUCUAAAAGUAAGGUUAAGAUCGUUAAAAAGAUAUCAAAAAUACCGUCAUCAUUAAUAGAGAAUUAAAUUUACAUUAAUCUUUCGAAAAUUGAAUAAAAAAUGGAUUCGACAGAUGAAGAAAUGGAUUUAGACAUGGAAACGAGUAUUGAUGAUGAUUUGGAUGUGAACAAUGAAUUAAAUAAUGCAAUCAUUCUAAAUGAAAUGGAAAUAUCUGAUAUUGAAAAUAAAUCAGAGACAAAUCAAAAGUAUUCAUACAAAUUUGGAAAUGCGAAACUUCAAGAUGAAGAAAUUUCCUCUAUAAAUGAAGAACUUUGUAAAGCAAUAAAUGACAAUAUAAAUAAAAUAGAAAUACCAUAUGUUGAAAAUGAAUCAGAAUCUGAUCUUAUGAAACAAUAUCCCCACGAUAUGCUAAUGUAUAAUAAUUCAUUAAUUGGACAAAUGUCACUCGAUGAAUUAGAAAAAUUGGGACUUGAGAGACUUGAAGUUCUUCGAAUUAUAGAUGUUCUCAUGAAAGAAUCGUCAAUAAAAUCUGAAGAUUUCAAAGAAUGCUUACUCGGUGCAUUAAGAAAUAAAGGCUUUUAUUCUUACGUUAAACUGAUAACAAGUCCUGGCUGUGAUUCAAAUACAACAUUAGAUCUUGAAACAAGAAGAAAAGAUCAUAUUUCUCAUUUUAUAUUAAAAAUUGCUUUAUGUAAAAAAUUGAAAAUUUUCCGUUGGUUCAUUAAUAUGGAAAGGCAAUUAUUUUGUUUAAGAUUUAAUUCGUUAAAUAAAAAUGGAUUUGAAAAAUUUUUAAUUUUUAAUAACAUUAAUUAUCCAAUUCUUUCUGAUGAAGAAAAAAAUGAAAAUAGAGAAAAUUUACAAUUAUUGCAUGAAGAUAUUAAUUUGGAGGAAACGAUUUUUUACAAAGUACCUUAUUUAAGUGUGAGAAAUUUAAUCAAAUAUCGAAAAGCAUUUAUUAAAGGUGGUAUUGUCUUUCUUCCAUGUAGAGAAAUUUAUCACCUGAUCUCGCAAUCUUUUCAAGAAUCAUUAUUAAAAGAAAGAGAGCAUUUAAAAACUGUGAUAGAGAAAAAUCCCAGACUGGGACCAAUUUUAAAAAAGUUUUUUAUCGCAUCUAAUAAUUCUUUGCCUCACGAGAUAAAUUCAUUAGAUUUACAAACUCUUGAUGAGACUGUACAACAAUCGUAUCCAUUGUGUAUGAGAAUAAUGCAUGAAGCAUUGCGUAAGGAUCAUUUUUUAAAAAAUGAUGGUCGUUUUCAAUAUGGAUUAUUUCUCAAAUUAAUUGGUCUCAGCUAUGAUGGUGCUGUUGAUUUUUGGAGUGGUGAAUUUUGUAAAAAAAUUAAUCCUACACAAUUUGAUCAAAAAUAUCUUUAUGAUGUUAAAUAUGUUUAUGGAAAAGUUGGUCAAAAGGCAAAUUACACAUCUUAUAGUUGUAAUUCUGUAAUGAGUAGAACAGUUGGUUAUGGAUUAUAUCAUGGAUGUCCAUACAAAAAUAUGACAGUUGAAAUUCUUAAUUCAAAAUUAGAAACACUUGGCGUUUCUAAUCAAGGAUUAGUUGAAAUAGAAGAUUUGGUUAGAGAGGAAAAAUAUAAAGAAGCUUGCACUAAGUGUUUUUCUCAAAUACAUGGUAUAAAUUUGCCCUCGGUGGUCGAUUCACCUGCGGAAUAUUUUCAUAAUAGUAAAAAUGCAAUUCUUCGUAAAAAACAUAUUCAAAUUAAAAUAAAUGAGAGUCUUGUCAAUGAAACCCAAGAAAAUAAUGACAAUUUGAAUAUAAAUUCCGAUAAAAGUACAACCAAAUGAAAAUUCAUAAUCGGAAGUGAAGAAUAUUUAACUUAAUCAAGAAAGUGCUUGCCGUCCUGCGGUUGCGAGCAAUUACGAACGUAUACUACGCUUGUAAACCAAGGACGUGAUCAUUCCAGGGGCAAUCGCAAUUUCACGCGAGUUCUCUACCAUUUUAUAUAUAUAUAUAGAUAUAUAUAAUCAUUAUUAAAACUGAACUGCUUUUCUCCACGUGAUCCACCACGUGCUGACGAGACACCCUUCAUCUUUAUAAUAUAUGCAAAAUUUUAUAUUAUUUAUACACAUCAUGAAAAUUACAGAAAAUCACUCCACUUUUAUCAUGAAUCAUUUCGAAUAUAUUUUCAUUUUUUACUUCUCUCUUGACAAAAACAAACAUUUUUUUUUUAUUCUUUUUUUUAGAAAAAAAAAUCGUUUAAAAAUAAAUUGAAUAUUAAAAAUAUA